GGGCUGGGAAGGCGGGGGCGCGGCGGUGGCGGGAGCGUGCCCGGUCCCCGCCCCUGUUUCCCACUCGCUUCCACCUCCGACCCGCCGGGGCUCGGAGAGGCGCCGCUUUCUGGUCCCCGGAGCCGCCCUAGAGCGGCCGCCUACCCCCCUCCGUUCGCGGCCAACCCGUCAGUCCUCACACGGUGCGCUCCUCCGUCUGGGCCAUGGAUGGUGUUGUUACAGAUCUUAUAGCAGUCGGUUUAAAGCGGGGGUCUGAUGAGCUUCUUUCUUCUGGUGUUAUUAACGGAUCUUCUACCAUGAACAGUUCGACUCCUUCUACAGGCGUGUAUGAUAGAUCAAGCACCUCCAAAAUACAAAUUCCUAUACACACUAAUGGGAAUGACAACAAGAAAUUUAAAGGAGAUAGACCUCCCUGUUCACCUUCCCGUGUUCUCCAUCUUCGCAAAAUUCCAUGUGAUGUCACCGAAGCAGAGGUCAUAUCAUUAGGUCUACCAUUUGGCAAAGUAACUAAUCUUUUGAUGUUGAAAGGAAAAAGCCAGGCUUUCUUAGAAAUGGCUUCUGAGGAAGCUGCAGUUACUAUGGUGAAUUAUUACACUCCUGUUACUCCUCAUCUUCGAAGCCAGCCAGUUUAUAUUCAGUAUUCCAAUCACAGAGAACUUAAGACUGACAAUCUGCCUAAUCAAGCCAGAGCCCAAGCUGCAUUGCAGGCCGUCAGUGCUGUCCAGUCAGGAAACUUGGCCCUUCCUGGAGCUCCUUCCAGUGAAGGCACAGUCCUACCUGGGCAGAGCCCUGUGCUCCGAAUAAUAAUUGAAAACCUCUUUUACCCUGUUACUCUGGAAGUUCUUCAUCAGAUAUUUUCUAAAUUUGGAACAGUCUUGAAGAUUAUCACCUUUACAAAGAAUAAUCAAUUUCAAGCCUUGCUUCAGUAUGCUGACCCAGUGAAUGCACAUUAUGCCAAAAUGGCUCUGGAUGGCCAGAAUAUCUAUAAUGCAUGCUGUACUCUACGUAUUGACUUCUCCAAGCUCACCAGCCUUAAUGUGAAAUAUAAUAAUGACAAAAGCAGAGACUUCACUCGCUUAGAUCUUCCUACCGGUGAUGGCCAGCCAUCUCUUGAACCCCCUAUGGCUGCUGCUUUUGGUGCACCAGGUAUAAUUUCUUCACCAUAUGCAGGGGCUGCUGGAUUUGCCCCAGCCAUUGGAUUUCCUCAAGCUACAGGUCUAUCAGUCCCAGCUGUUCCUGGAGCUCUUGGUCCUCUCACCCUCACCUCGUCUGCUGUCACUGGAAGGAUGGCCAUUCCUGGAGCAAGUGGUAUACCAGGAAAUUCUGUUCUACUUGUCACCAAUCUCAAUCCUGAUCUUAUCACACCACAUGGGCUUUUUAUCCUAUUUGGAGUGUAUGGUGAUGUACAUAGAGUGAAGAUUAUGUUUAAUAAGAAAGAAAAUGCCUUGGUUCAGAUGGCGGAUGCAAGUCAAGCUCAGCUAGCAAUGAACCAUUUAAGUGGUCAGAGACUUUAUGGAAAAGUGCUUCGUGCUACACUGUCCAAACACCAGGCAGUUCAGCUUCCUCGAGAGGGUCAAGAAGACCAAGGUCUAACUAAGGAUUUCAGCAAUAGCCCUUUGCAUCGCUUUAAAAAGCCUGGCUCUAAGAACUUCCAGAAUAUCUUUCCACCAUCAGCCACUCUGCAUCUUUCCAACAUUCCCCCUUCUGUUACAAUGGAUGAUUUGAAGAACCUUUUCACAGAAGCGGGAUGUUCAGUGAAGGCUUUUAAAUUCUUUCAGAAAGAUCGUAAAAUGGCGCUCAUUCAGUUGGCAUCUGUAGAAGAAGCAAUCCAGGCCCUCAUUGAGCUUCAUAACCAUGAUCUUGGAGAAAAUCACCACCUCAGAGUUUCCUUCUCAAAAUCUACAAUCUGACUUUUCUGUGAAUUUUUCUCCUCCAAAACUGGACCAUAAUAUCAGUAAAACCUUCAGACAUAGACUGAAGUAGCUCUAGACCAAUUCUGCCUCUUUCAAAAAAAAAAAAAAAAACAACUCUUUCUGAGUUUCAUAUCCAA